AUGAAUGGAACGGCGUCGUGUUCUGUGGAUUCACGUCGUUUUGGUGAUCUGAGAGGGGUCCAAUGGCGGGUGGAUUUGGGGAUUUUGCCGUCUUCUCCGUCUUCUUCCAUUGACGACCUUCGCCGGGUUACGGCCAAUUCUCGUAGAAGUUACGCAUCUUUGAGGAAACAACUUUUAGUCGAUCCGCACUUACCAAAAGAUGGCAGUAACUCCCCUGAUCUUGUUAUGGAUAAUCCGCUGUCCCAAGACCCCGACAGCUUGUGGAGUCGCUUUUUCAGAAAUGCUGAGCUGGAGAGGAUGGUUGAUCAAGAUUUGACACGCUUAUACCCUGAACGAGGCAGCUACUUUCAGACGAGCGCAUGUCAAGGCAUGUUACGGAGGAUUUUACUGCUGUGGUGCCUUAGGCACCCAGAGUGCGGUUACAGACAAGGGAUGCACGAGCUUCUGGCCCCACUCCUAUACGUCCUCCAUGUUGACGUCAACCGUCUCUCAGAAGUCCGUAGGGCCCACGAGGACCACUUUCCCGACAAGUUUGACGGACUCUCAUACAAUGACAGCACUCCAUCCUAUAAAUUCGACUUCAAGAAGCCCGCAGAAGCUUCCGGAGACUACCACCCCGACCCAGAAAACAAUCCACCGAAACCCAGAAGUCUCGCUGAUCUCGACCCUUCCACCCGCACCAUCGUCCUCCUAAGCGAUGCCUAUGGUGCCGAGGGCGAGCUCGGCACCGUCCUCUCCGAAAAGUUCACCGAGCACGAUGCCUACUCAAUGUUCGAUUCUCUCAUGCGUGGGCCCCACCACGCCAACUCAGCUGUUGCCAUGUCAGACCUUUUCUCCCCGUCCUACUCGGGGCUUUCCCCUAUAAUCGAGGCCUCUUCUGCCGUGUACCGUGUCCUUGCCGCGGUCGAUCCGUCCCUCCACGCCCACCUGAUCGAGCUCGGGGUCGAGCCGCAGUACUUCACCCUCCGUUGGCUGCGCGUGCUUUUCGGGCGUGAGUUCUCACUCGAGAACCUGUUGCUCGUCUGGGACGAGACUUUUGCGUGCGACAACUCGAUUUCCAAAAAGGAUGAUGACGUGACAGAGUCGUGCUUCAGGGUGCUCGACUCACCCAGGGGAGUUUUCAUUGUGUGUUUUGCGGUGUCGAUGAUACUCAAGCUGAGGUCAUCCCUGCUCGCGACCGAGAACGCGACCGUAUGCCUGCAGAGGCUGUUGAAUUUCCCGAACGCCGUGAAUCUGAAGAAGCUGAUAUCGAGGGCGAAGUCAUUGCAGGUGCUGGCAAAGGGAAUUUUGGGUCCGGGCCUGUUUGAUGGGAAAAAGCCCGUAAUUGCGAGAGGUCACACUCACACACUGUCGUUGGAUUCGGCUUCUCCUCGAACGCCAUUGAAGGAGAGCUAUUGGGAGGAGAAAUGGAGAGUCGCGAACAAGGAAGAUGAGAGGCUGUGCAGGAGUGAGUCCGAACCUUGUUCGUCAUCUAUGAAAUUGGAUUCUGUCAAAAUAAAUCAGGAGCCGUUUAGUUUGUUGGAGGAUCUCGCGUGGCAGCUUCAAGAUGAUAAUAGAAAGAAUGCAGGUUGUAAUAAUAAUAAUAAUGAUGAUGAUAAUGAUCAUGUUAAAGAAAACGUAGUGUGUUAUGGUGAAGUUGACGGACGAGAUAAUGUCACCCCCAAGAAAUUUGGUAAAUUUCCAAGUGAAGUCGAGAAUUUUCCGGAUUUCUCAGAUCCAAACAGUCCGCGGAUUAACAGGGAAAAUAGUGACGUGGAGAAUGUAUCGGGAUGUAGCAGUGUCGCGUCGAACUCAUCUGUGGAUGAGAAUUAUGCUAAAAAACGUUUGGCUGAUGAUGAAUGCAACAUGUCGUCAAAAUGUUGUUCACAUAAAAAUGACGAUGAUGAUUCAGUGAAAAAAUCAUCUGCAACAACAGGGGUGAAAGAGGAGAGGAAAGGUAAACUCCAGUGGCUGUGGAAGCUCGGGCGGCAUAUGGGCCAAGGAGAAAUGUCUUCCAGGCCUUCUGAUGUAAAAAGUUGUAAGAAUGGUGAAAUUAGCCGGGUUAAUAAUGUCGCGGCUUUUUCUUCAAGUGAGAGCUCGUCUGAGACAAGCAGAGGGGAUGCGGUCGAACAGAAUUUGAUGGUUAGCUUGAGAAAUCUUGGUCAGUCCAUGGCGGAUAACAUUCAGGUGAUUGAAUCCAUCUUACAGGAGGGACACGGACCACACGGUCAAUUUCGACUGUCAGAGAAUUUGCCGAAUGAGGGUUUUAUCGUUGAGAAAGGGCAAGCCAUGGCCAUGUCAGCACUCGAGCAGCUCAGGAAAAUCAGCAGGAUUCUGUCUGAGAUGUGA